AUGGUAGAGUCUAGAAGAGUUUCAUCUGUAGCUGAGUCUGAUAGAUCAGUAGACUUAGAAAAUGGUAAUGGUGAAACAAAGUUGCAUGUUGAGAAAAUUAUUGAAAGAGAUUGUAGGAUUUGUCAUUUGAGUUUGUUGAGUUCUGGUACUCCUGAAUCUGGUGUUGCCAUUGAAUUUGGAUGUUCCUGUAAAGAUGAUUUGGCUACUGCACAUAGGCAUUGUGCUAAGGCAUGGUUCAAAAUCAAAGGAAAUAAAAAGAAAUGCAAUGUGGAUGAUGCAUUCCAAACAGUCGAGAAUGAGAGCUAUAUUCCAUCGGUUGAUUCUAAUGAUAUUGGCACAACUUCAAGAGCUAACAAUGUAGAUGUCGAAGAUGUAGGAGAACAAAAUGAUGACUAUUGGAUGGGGUUUCGUGAUAUGAUUGCUAGUGACAUUUCUAAUGCUUGA